GAACUCAUUUGUCAAACCAUUUCCGUAUUAACUCAGUGUCAGUGGAGACUCCGAGCAGAAAACCUUCAGCCUGAUAGUAACUGGUACGUUGGUCUACCGCAGCCUCACCUGCCCGAUGCUCUCUACAUCUUUUAUUCAUAUUUUACGCCACAUAUUUUGUGAACUUUUGGCUGAAAUCUCGUCCGGCUACCUCUGAAGAUUCCUCCUGAGUCGUGCCAGGCUCAGAUGCAGGCAGCGAGUGCGGAUCCAAGGGGGCCGGAGCCCGGUCUGGAAACCAGUGGCGUUCCUGCAGGCCUCAGGAGAAACCCCCCGAUCACAGAGGCCCUCGGGAAGUUUGCCCAAAAUAUGGCAGAGAGCAUAAUCCAGCCGUGUGUAAGCCAACUGGAGAUGGAGGAACCUGAGGUGCCCAGGUCUAAUCAGGACCAGGAGACGUUGGGUGAGGUGUUGGCGUCGGCCGUGGUGGAGGUCGCUCUGAGGGAAGUGUGCGCCGGUUGGAAAGUCGAGCGUUUCCACAGAUCAGGCGGCGCCGCGAUGGAUGAUCACCAGGCUGGAAGAUUAUCAUUCUCAGAUAGAGACUUUCUGAACAUGGACCCGGAGAUGGAUCCAGUUCAAGAACUCCCGACGUUCAGAGACUUCCCACCUCUCUCCCAGUCAGGUCUCCCCAUCAUGGGAUCCCUCGACUACCCCGACGCCCCCCCGACCACCCCCCUGCUCCCCGAGCUGGAGAGGAGCCGCGACAGCUUCGCCCGGAAGCUGAAAGGCGGCCUGGCCAAGGUCUUCCUGCCCUCGCCUCCUCCGUCGACCCCGAGGGAGAAGGGGGACGAUGUGGACCCCCGGGGGGAGCUCAUGGAGCAUCUGAUGCACUCGCUGUCCACACAGGAUUUGGCGAGGGACUGUUUUGAGGCAGGAGCCAAGAUGGAGGCUUUCGCUGAGGCUCUUUCCUGUCAGGUCAUGGACUGGGUCUUCAGGGCCAGAAGCUCGGAGCAGAGAGCAGAUGAUGGAGAUCUUCAGCGACUGGCCGACACCAUCAUCGCCUCCUCGCUGGAUGAAGCUGUCAUGUCUGUCAAGAGGGAUUCUGCCCGACAGUCCCUUUAAAUUCAACAAUCUGCUCCACAUCUCACACACUUAUUGAAUCUUUCAUCUAAAUCAGCCUGAAAAAUCAAGAUCUGUGAAUUAAAUAGUUGAAUCUGUAAAAGAAACUAAACAAAAAGCCAAUCUCACAAUUCUAAAUAAAGAGAAACAGUUCCUGAGUUUUGUUUGAAUCCGUCUGUUCGCUUUUGAGAAAUUUGUUGUUUACU